GGAGGGAGGGAGGGAGGGCGGGCGUGAGCAGCGGACCCGGCACCCGGCACCGGACAGGCCGGACAGGCCGGACACACGUCCCGCCGCACAAGGCAGAGCUGCCGACAUCUCGGUCGGGAAGGGCCAUCUCUCCGGGCCCCGCGGGGCCGCGCACCGGGCGUCCUCCAUCGCGCGCCCGCUCCCUCCAUCCACCUGCCGCCGGGGGCCCGGCCGUCGGCGCGCGCAUCCCCAGGUCAGUCCCCGGCCUUCGAGGGCGCCGCCGGCUCCAUCUCCGCCUCUGCAGCAUCCGCAGACGCCCGGGCGGGACCCCGGCGUGAGCACCAGGCGCCCCCCCAGGAGUGCACGACCCCCGGAGCCGCCCUCGAUACGGACCGCGCCCGCCGGGCACACAAGAAUGGUCACUCAGAUACUGGGGGCCAUGGAGUCUCAGGUUGGGGGGGGGCCGGCCGGCCCGGCCCUGCCCAACGGGCCACUCCUUGGGACAAACGGAGCCACUGAUGACAGCAAGACCAACCUCAUCGUCAACUACCUACCCCAGAACAUGACACAGGACGAGUUCAAGAGUCUCUUCGGCAGCAUUGGGGACAUCGAGUCCUGCAAGUUGGUUCGGGAUAAGAUUACAGGGCAGAGCCUGGGCUAUGGGUUUGUGAACUAUUCUGACCCCAAUGACGCAGACAAAGCCAUCAACACCCUCAACGGCCUCAAACUGCAGACAAAGACCAUCAAGGUGUCCUAUGCACGCCCCAGUUCUGCCUCUAUCCGGGAUGCCAACCUGUAUGUCAGUGGCCUCCCCAAGACCAUGAGCCAGAAAGAGAUGGAGCAACUCUUCUCCCAGUAUGGUCGGAUCAUCACGUCCAGAAUCCUGCUGGACCAGGCCACAGGUGUCUCUCGGGGUGUGGGAUUCAUCCGCUUUGACAAGAGGAUCGAGGCAGAGGAGGCCAUCAAGGGACUGAAUGGGCAGAAACCACUGGGUGCGGCCGAGCCCAUCACGGUCAAGUUCGCAAACAACCCGAGCCAGAAGACGGGGCAGGCCCUGCUCACCCACCUGUACCAGUCCUCCGCCAGGCGCUACGCGGGUCCGCUGCAUCAUCAGACACAGCGCUUCCGGCUGGACAAUUUGCUCAACAUGGCCUACGGAGUCAAGAGUCCCCUGUCGCUCAUCGCCAGGUUCUCCCCGAUCGCCAUCGAUGGCAUGAGUGGCCUGGCAGGUGUGGGCUUGUCUGGAGGCGCCGCGGGAACUGGCUGGUGCAUCUUCGUGUACAACCUGUCCCCAGAAGCCGAUGAGAGUGUGCUGUGGCAGCUUUUCGGACCCUUUGGAGCAGUCACCAACGUCAAGGUCAUCCGAGAUUUCACCACCAACAAGUGCAAGGGCUUCGGCUUCGUCACCAUGACCAACUACGAUGAGGCGGCCAUGGCCAUCGCCAGCCUGAAUGGCUACCGCCUGGGUGAGCGCGUGCUGCAGGUGUCCUUCAAGACCAGCAAGCAGCACAAGGCCUGAGCAUUUACCGCCCUCCCUCCCCGGGCAGCAGAGAGAGAGAGAGAGAGAGAGAAAGAGAGAGAGAGAGAGAGAGAGAGAGAGAGAUCACAGAGCAGGCAGACCCACACACCUGCAAACGACCACCGCAGGGUGAGCAUCGGGAUGGGGAGGGUCUGUCUCCCCCACACUUUCCCCACCCCAGGCUGGGGCUUGUUCACUCUCUCGUCUUGGUUUGGUUCAUGGUGAUGGCUUUUUCUUUCUUUUUUUCGGCUAAAAACAAAAAGAAGAAAGCAGAGAGGAGACCCCCCAUCCCACCUCACCCUCACCACCCUGCACGGGAUGGCUUAGGGGACAGGACGGUGCCCCGCCCAGGCCUCCCUUGCCCAGGCCUGUCCUGUACCGAGAAAGGGGAGGGAACAGGUUUAAAAAUCCCCAAAACAGCAAAAAACAUGAAAGAGGGGUGUGGGCCUCCCCAUCCCCUGUCCCAGUCUCUGGGCAGAAUACAGGGAGCAGGGUUGGGGAAGGGCAGGAAGCAGGAAAAAAAAAAA